AUGUCGGAUGAUGACUGCGGUCGCAUCACCUACGGCUAUGUCGACCCGAACUGGCCUCGACCAGACACAGACGACUCCGCGUGUAUCAUUAUAUAUGGAUAUGUCCCUUCACUCGCCCUGGGUAUCCUCGGGGUUGUCCUGUUCACUGCGGCGCUUGCUCUUCAUUUAUGGCUCCUGAUUCGGCAUCGAACAUGGUACUUCAGCCCCGUGGUUGUUGGCUUGGUUAUGGAGAUUGUCGGGUACGCUUUUCGACUCCUGGCGUCACAGAAGAACCCUUACUCUGUGUCCUACUUCGUCGCCCAAUACUUUUGUAUUGUUGUGGCGCCCGUCUUCUUCUCGGCGGCCAUAUACACCAUCCUCUCAGUGAUAAUCAAGGUGGCCGGUUCGAAGUAUGCGCCCCUUUCACCGCGCUUGAUCAUGUGGAUAUUCAUCGUUUGCGAUGUCGUCGCCACAGCAAUCCAGAUCACGGGAGCAGCCUUGGUGGGACGAGCUUAUUCGGAUCAGAAAGACCCUACGACACCCAACAACAUAUUGUUGGCCGGUCUCGCAUUUCAGGUGUUUUCGUUCGCCAUCUUCAUUCUUUGCUUCGUUUUGUUCAUCUAUAGGGCGAGGCGAAUUCUCGGCAACAAGCUCAAGGUCUUUUCUGGGGCGGUAAUGGUGGCUGCCCUGGCCGUUUAUCUGAGAACAUGUUUUCGGCUUGCUGAAACUGCAGAGGGUCUCCUGGAGUAUCUGCCGACUCAUGAGGUGUUCUUCGGCUGUCUGGAGUUUCUGCCCGUCGUGGUGGCAGUGUAUAUACUUGUAUGGUGGCAUCCUGGCCGCUGGUUGUGA